AUGGAGCCGUACUAUAGUAGUAAUUCUAUGAAUCCUCCGAUGUCCUUGGAAAAUGUAACUUCUCCAGUUGAUGUUUUACCAGUUCAGCAGGUCCGUGUAAAACCAGUAGGAAGAUGUAAAAAUCCAAAGACUUCUUUGUCAUUUCCUCAAUUGGUAGGAUUAAUAUUAAUAAACACUACAACAAAAGCUUUGGCUGUCAGUGAAAUUUAUGACAUAGUCUCUGAUAUAUUUCCUUGUUAUAAUGAUUCAUCAUCUACAUGGAAAAAUUCUAUCAGACACAAUUUGUCAACUAAAGAUUGGUUUGAAAAGAUUCCCCAAAGGCAAUCGGAUACAAGAUUACGUCAAAGUUGUAUAUGGGGUUUUAAAUCACUUACAUGUAUAAGAGCUAUCUUGGAAAGAGCCAAAAAUACAGCUAGAAAGAGUUCUGAAAAUAUUAUUAGACACAUGAGAAGACCUGAAGAUUUUGAUAAAUUCAUCAGUGGAGAGUUAAUGAUAAUACCAAAAUAUUGUGGAAGUUACAGAUUAAAUCAAAGUAUUCCUAUUGAGUAUCAUUACAAAGAGUUUUAUAGUGAAGAUCUUGGAGGUAUUAAAAACUUUGACAAAGUUAACAAUAGAUUUCACUAUAAGGAUAGACACUCUGAUUAUUAUUCUACCCCGUCAACUAGUUAUUGUAAUGAUUUGGAAAGAAAUAAUUUUUGUAAUUAUGUGGAAGAUCAAAACAGAGUACCUAGAAAAUCAGGAACCAAAAGGAAGCAUGUAAAUGUGGUAGACAGUAAAAUUGAAGUGCAAGAGGAACCAACCAUUAAAAAGUUAUAUUGUUAUACUGACUAUAUUGUUCAACCAAACAACUUUAUUCCCCAUCAUGGAGAGCAUGUUAAUAUAGGAAGUUAUUAUCCAUAUGCAAUGGAUCAACAAGGACAAAAGUAUAGUCAGUACGAACAAAUUUACAAUACUUCUAUGGGUCAGUAUUUACCUUUUGAUGCUUAUCAACAGGACUUACCUUUAAUUUCACCACCAAAUUCUCCUGAAUCAGAUUAUACAGGAUGGUUUAUACACUGA